GGUUUGAUUGGCUGAAGCUUUCCCCUCCGCUGAUUGGCUGCCCCGCCGGGCAUUUGUGGGUGGAGCCUGACAUGGCGGCGUUCAUGGUGUAGUGUACCGGGAGCCAUGGAUCACAGUGAUGGCUGCUCCGCUCACCAGCCCGGGGGUGGCCAUGUCUGCUGCUCGGGAGCCGCCCCAGGACUGCGGGAGACGGUGCAGGAGAUGGACUUCCAGAGAGGUAUAUGGUCGGCUGCUAUGGAUGGAGACCUGAAGAGACUACAGCGCUUUAUCGAAAAGGGAACAGAUCCCAACCUGGCUGAUAACUUUGGCUACACCGCCCUGCACUAUAGCAGCAGACACGGUCACUUCCCGGUGUGCAGCUUCCUCCUAAAGAGCGGCGCUGACACUAAUGCACAGACACACGGGGGCAGCACACCCCUGCAUCGCGCUGCCUACUGCGGACAUCUGCAGGUGGUCCAGCUGCUACUCGAGAACGGAGCUGACCCCACAAAGACAGACUCAGACAGUAGGACUGUGCUUCACAAGGCAGCAGAAGGUGGACACCGGGAGUUGUCUCUCUUUCUUCUACAUCACUGUAAAGGUCUCUUGGAUUUAAGAGACUGCAGGGGACACACAGCCGCAGACCUGGCUCCAUCUAGUAUUGCAGAUGUGUUUUCAUCUUAAGACGUAAUGGUCGGUAUUGUAUAAAGCUCUAGACCUGUUGGCUUCAGUGCCUAUCCCAGGAACAUUGUCCAACCUGAUGACAUGUGGACGGACAUGACUGCUUUAUGGACGGAUGCUACUUGAUGUGGCGCAGUUGUUGGCAGAAGGGUGAAGACAUACCACACAAUACAGAUCACGAGGAUAAAUUGUUUUCAUUGUCAUAAAUGCUUCCAAUUUCCGCACCCCAACCCUGAUUAGCUUAAUAUAAAAUACAUUUACCAUA